AUGUCAGGAGCUUUCUCGUCAGUGGUAAAUUUUACAACUGAUCAAUUUCUCAAACGAGCUGGUAAGCUCUCCGUUUUAACGGACUUAGAGAACCAGAGUGAAUCUGGUCAGCUGGACUGUCCAUUACAGUUUCCGAAGCAUAAUAAAAGACGCAGAAAAGUUGCUGCUUCAAAAAAAUCAGCCUCUAAUAUAACUAUUGGUCUUCCUACAAAUGAUACUAUUAAAAAGACUAUUCAUCAAGCGUUUAAUGAUGCAUAUAAACUUCUAUCGGAGCUUGAUAUUAAUAUCGCUUUAGAAAAGAAAAAAAAACAAUGA